AUGUCGGUCAAAUUCGAGAAAGAUACCAUAAAAACCACCGGUCCUCUUGCAGGUAUACAAGGCGCUCCAGCGAUCGAAGUUAAAGAUGUUCAUCAUCAUCAUCACCACCAUCUACCAGGUCACCACUUAAGACACAAUGUCGGUGUCGCCUUAACUGGAGGGAAAGCCAAUGAAGGAACACCAGGAUACUUAUCUCUGUACCUCAAAGAACUACAAACCAAUCCUCUUCGUACGAAAAUGCUCACGUCUGGCACAUUAUCGGCUUUACAAGAACUUUUGGCCUCAUGGAUCGCGAAGGAUCGUAAUAAGCAGGGUCAUUAUUUCACGUCUCGAGUUCCCAAAAUGGCUGCAUAUGGCGCUUUUAUUAGUGCUCCUCUAGGCCAUGUAUUGAUCAGUAUUUUGCAAAGGAUUUUUGCUGGACGUACGAGUUUGAAAGCCAAGGUUCUUCAAAUUCUGUUGAGCAAUUUAGUGGUUGCUCCGAUUCAAAAUACUGUGUAUUUGUACUCAAUGGCACUUAUUGCAGGCGCAAAGACCAUUCAUCAAGUACAUGCAACUUGGAGAGCCGGUUUUAUGCCAGUUAUGAGAGUCAGCUGGAUCACCUCCCCACUCGCUCUUGCUUUUGCACAAAAGUUCCUUCCUGAGCAUACUUGGGUUCCAUUCUUCAAUAUCAUUGCCUUUACGAUCGGUACAUACGUGAACGCGACCACAAAAAAGAAGCGUCUCGCAGCUCUUCGCAAGAGACACCACGAUGAAGCUAGAGGAGGAAGAUCCGACGACUACCCUGGCCCACAUAAUGGACCAGGAAACCAAAUGGGAGGACCAGGACCAAAACGCGAAUACUAA